CCCUCCGAACUUUAACUUCCGUGUUUAACAUCAAUAGCCUUUGUUAAAUAACAAAAACAUCAAAAAUAUAUAGAAAUGUAUUUACAUAAAAUCGUUUUAAAACGCGGGUGUUUGAUAUGAGAAUCUGUAGGAAAAUAAGUCUUAAAGAUUUCGGUGGCUAGCUACACGGAUACCCUAUGUAAUGUAACCAUGUUCGUGCUGUAUGUAUUAAGAUGUACUGUUAUGAUUGUGCUUUUGCAUAUAUCUGGCGGAGAAAGACUGACACACAAUGGCACAUGUGACAUAUGUGACUGUUCUAGAAAAUAUAUUGUAGAUUGUUCUAAUAGGAACCUCACCUACAUCCCACGUGAUAUAGCUUAUACAACGCGGGUACUUAAUAUGGCUUCUAAUUUUCUUCAACGAUUGGAUGAAGGCGUGUUUGAAAAUUUGACGAUGCUGAUAAGGCUUGACUUACAUAACACAGCAUUGAAAAAAGAAAAUGUGUCCUCCAAGGCCUUUAAAGGUCUUGUGCACCUAAAGUUCUUGAAUAUUUCUCAGAACGAUCAGUUUCCACUGACAAAUGUGUCUAAACAACCUGAAUUAUUCGAACACCUUCCAUCUCUUGAAGAGUUGCGGAUGUAUGGAACAACUGGAACGUACAAUAUUAAAUAUGGAUACCCCGAUGUCAAACUGAGUAAGAUGGUAAAUUUAAAAGAGCUGUGGAUUGAUGGACUUACAAAAUUACCUUUUGGUCCGGCAUUCCGGAACAUGACAAAUUUAAGAAUAUUGCGAGUGGCUGGUGAUUCUAUCGAACCAUCGUGGAGAAGCAAAGAAUUUUGUAUGAUAGAGGAAUUAGAAGAUGGACUACUUGAUAAUCUGGUGAAUGUAACCCAUUUGUACAUCAGAAAAUGCUUUGUCAAUAAUAUAGGCAAAAAUGUUUUCCGAAACAUGGAAAACUUGGAAUACCUUGACAUGUCCAUCAACAAGAGGUUGGGAUUUAAGCAAUUAUUUCAAUCGUUUUGCUCAUUGCCUAUGAAAACUGUGAGUCUUAUUUUAAAUGAAGUUACAACUAGAUCUUCUACCAUGUGCGGCAAUGCUAUAACAACGGAUAUGGCAAAGUGUAUUAAAGACAAAUCUAUUAGGGAGUUACAGCUUAAUCAGAAUGUCAUUUUCUAUGUAGAGAAAGAUGUGUUUUCUAUAUUUCCUAAAACGCUUCAAACUGUAAGCAUUAGAAAAAAUGAGUUUCAUCUAGGUAUUUACAUGUUCUAUGUUUCUGACUUGACAAAUUUAACUUCCUUAGACAUGUCUUACCAAUUUUUUACACAGCAUACAUCAAUAUGGCACAAUGCUAACAAUAAAUUAGCAUUACAAGAUAUAUAUUCAUAUAAGUUUUACGAACAAGGAGAACAGUAUUUGACGACAUCUAUUGGUGAGAAUGGAGAUCAUAAACCACCAGAUAAUUCAAAUGACUCUCAGUCAGUUGAUGAUUAUAUAAGUAACAAGAGUAAUAUUUUACACCAUAAUAAUCAUCACUUUUCAAUGAAUUUAAACCAAAAUAAUAACAUGCAAUACGAAACUUCCCUAACAAACCGGCAAAACAAAAAGAAAGUAUGUCCACAGCUUAACAAGGAUAAUUAUAUUCCACCAGGCACGGUUUUAGUUAACAUUCCACCUAACUUGGAAUACCUCGAUUUAAGUCAUAGCAAAAUCGCUAGUCCUAUUUUCGAACUCUUCGUCAACGAAACAAACCAAUUACAGAAUAUCAAUGCCAGUAACUCGUUAUUAUAUUGUUGGGACGGUCCAGUUCACGGAUUGACAAAGCUCGAGACCUUAGACUUAUCAAACAACUUCUGCACAAACGUAUCCAUGUCGUUUUUUGAAACAUUAACUAAUCUAAGACGGUUGAAUAUCAGUUAUAACUUUUUAGGUUCAUCUUUUGCCAAAGACAGGCAUGGACAGAUAAUGGCGAACUUAACAAAAUUGGAAAGUUUAGAUUUUUCUUUCAACCUUAUUUAUAAUAUCCCUUCAUUGUUUUUGAAAUCACAAACGGAGCUAAUAGAUUUGAAGGGAAACGUUAACAUGAUGGGAGAGUUCAAUAUUGACAUCAGACAUAUGAGGAAAUUAAGAAAACUUGACUUGAAAGCAAAUAGAAUAAGAACGCUGUCGGCCAAAAUUUGUGGAGAGUUAGAGUAUAUUUCAAAAAUUGGUAGUACUAAUGGCUCAUCAGAUGUGAAAUUAUUUGUUGAUCUAAGAGCUAAUCCUUUAGAAUGCUCAUGUGAUAAUAUCAAAUUUAUCAAGUGGUUGAGUAAGUAUUAUGUUUCAAACAACUCAAGUUUGUCCGUCAAUGUGUCGUUUUGCCUCAACUAUGAAAGUCAUCACAAACUUGAAAAUUUGACAUCGCAACAUGAAAUAGAAAAUAUGGUGCACUACCUUGAAAUGCAAUGUCGAUCCUUUACUAGUUUGAUCGUUGGACUAUCUGUAACACUAGCAUUAAUUAUAAAUGUAAUACUUGGAAUGGUCGUCCAUAAAUUUCGUUGGAAACUACAAUAUUGGUACUAUGUUGUACUUAAGAGGAAGACUGUUCAAGGAAGGGGUGAUUAUGAGCUUAUUGAUGAGCCAAGGUACAAAUAUGAUGUGUUUGUUGCAUCUUCUGAUGAUCAAAAAGAGUUUGUUAUCGAUAAACUUCGACCUGUCUUCAAACAAAAUGAAUUGACGGCAUUUAUAGCAGUGUAUCAUAUUAAUUUCAAUGAUAACUUAGUUAACACCAUUAGUAAAGCAAUUAAUGGAAGCAAAGUUGUCCUUUUCGUUUUUUCUGAUGACUGGUCGACGGAUCAUUGCAUGAAUAUUGCUGUACACAUGUGGCAAUGUGAUAUGAUAGAGAGGAAAAAGAGAUCGGUACUUGGCAUCUUCCUAAACAAUAUGACAGGCGAGGAUGCUGUAAAAACUAAAGAAAUCUACUGUUCCACAUUCAUAGAUUUCCCAGGAGGGACAGAUGAAGAGGAGCACGAGGCGUUUUGGACAGAUUGUGUGAACCAUAUUAAAAGGCAAGGAGACAUGCAAUAAAAUAAACAUACAUUAUUUGAUAGAAAUAGCCGGUACGCAUUUUAUUGACAGCGUGAUAAUCAUAUUGUUGAUAUGAUAAAUUGGUUUAAAGCCGUCACGUUAUUCUCUAAUGCUCAUACAUUACUGGAAAUAAACAUUUGUAUCACAUGCCCAUUUAAUAGACGUAACGUUUACUAUAUUUACCUUAAAUAUAAUGACUGUUUAUUUUGAAUUGUCAUAACCAGUGUACACUGUUGAUACUUUUUACUAAUUGUAGUUAAUACUCUUUACUCCUGUCUGUUAUAUAAUAUUCAGUUCAUGUAUUUUUCGAUGCUAUUAAAUGAGGACAUGAUAAA